GUUGUGGCCGCCCAUAGACCCGCGUCGCCCGCAUCCUCAACCCCUUUUCCCGCCUUCUUCCUUCCUUCUGCCCACCCCUCUGCUCUUCCGACCGGCGGGAACGACAUUCACGACCUGUAUCCCAACUUCUCACAUAUUAAUGCCUAAAACACGCAAUAUUCGCAGACCUGCCGUGGCAGCGCCUCCUGUGAAAGCGGACGCAGACGAGCAGCAGGCAUCAGGGAGCUCGAAGCCAUCCGCGCGAGGAAAGGCCAGCCCGGUAAAGCGAGCGGCAUCUCUCGUGCCCUUUCCGACCCCGCCGCGGACGACGCACAAGCGCAAACGCGCCCGGUCGCGCAUCACUGAUUCCGACUCGGAGGAGGACGAGCGGGCCCUUGAGCUCCCCUCAAUCGAUGAAGAAGACAGGGAGGACAUUGGCAAGCGCGAUGGCAACGGCGCCCUCAUCCUCGGGUACAAGAAGCGCAAGACCCUUGAUGCGAUCGCCGAGGAGCUGAGCGAGGCCCAGGUUGAAGAGGCGUUCUGGGUAGGCGAGUCGGGUGCACCCAAGGCUGGGGAGAGUAGUACGAAGAGCCAGGGGGCCACCAGAGGGCGACAACGCUCAAGGUCUCCCACACGUUCACCGUCGUCUUCGCCGCCGCCUGCGCCACAUCUCCUUCGUCGUCAACAUACGGGGCUCGCAUCGCCUCCCCCGUCGCGACGGCAGCCCAGGACGCAUUUCAUACGGAACAUCCGGACGCGCAGGCAGACCACACCGCCAGCUCCCGCUCCUCCUCCGCCUGCGCCGUCCGAGACGCGGGUGAAGAAACAAGGAUUGUUCCCUACGCGUGAUACGCCUGACAAUCCGUUCUUGUCUGACGAUUCGCCCGGUCCCUCCAGGGCUGCAGCGAUUGCCUUGGAGGCACCGCGCACGCCAGAGCGAGUUGUUGAGAAACCGACGGUGACAUGGGUUUUCCGUGGCAAGAGGGUCGAACUCGCAAAUCCGCAUUACAAGUCCCCAGGUGUUCCAGACUCCCCUACGGAGGCCGCGUCCUUACUCCCCGAGACGCACCCGGACUACAGCCCGCCAGCAACCUACGCUCCGAAGUUGCUCUUCCCCGGGGCGCGCCGCGACCUGCGCAAGCACCGCGAGCCCUCCGCAGAGCCUCGUACGCCCACUCACUCGCGUGGCCUCCCCAGCCCCGGCGUCGAGACGCGCUCACAAACACGCGCACGUUCGCGGUCCCGCGCGGCUACGGUCGACUCAGACGACGAGGAGACGGAGCUGCCGCAGGGGAAGAUGCUGGCUGCCGUGCCUGAGGUUGAGGAGAAUGAAGUCGAGGUGGACGAGGCCGCACUUCAAGCUGCGAUGGCGAAACGGCUUGCACAGCGGAUCCCGAUCGCCCGCACUGAUAGUAUUGGUCGUGCGUCCACCUCGACGGCGACGUACGAGCCGCCGAGGACGCGCGCGCGGGCGCGCGCUGCGCCGAGGCUCCCCGAGAAGGAUAGCGACCCGGCUCGUCGGGCGAUGGGCCCUGCGAGGCCUGUGAAGGGCUGAGCUGAGCGUCGAGCUGUGCUCCGAAACAGUAUGCUGCUUAUGCUAUGCGACUAGGUUGCGCUGAUCUUGAUAUCCGCUCCACCGGAUUUCCUUUCUGCUUUCUUUCUUGAGUGUUGUUGAUGUUACACCCUCGAGCAUGUCGUCUCUUUCAUAUCUGCCAUCCGUGCUGAUCUACUUGCCUACUGAUCGUCAUCUCCGUCUCUUCUACCCGUUCACUCACUCGUAUUGCGACACCUUGUUAAAUGUAACCUCCCCAUACUAUCCCGCGUGUCUGUCCCCUUGGACAUGCAUCACCCGCCCACCCCUCCGCUUAAUGCGACACCCAUUCUAGACCCCUUACCCUCAUUCCUGAUGUCCGAAGUCACUAGUCAUGAAAGGCUAUAGUGUAUCUAGUCGCUCUUGCAUGUAUGAUCUGUCCAAAGGUCUGAACGCCCCUGUUUCUAUGCUCGUCUUUGAUGUAUAUAUGCACAUACGAAUUUGAUUUGUGUGAAGGCUC